GGGGUACGGCCGCGGCGCGGGCGGGCGUCGGGCAGGGGCCGUGCGGAGCGGAAAGGCAGCGCCUGAGCGGCGGUCGACGGCGGCGGCGGCGGCUGCCCGCCUUCUCCUCCCCCCACCCCCGGUACCCUGCGCGGCGGCCAUGACGAACUUCAUCUCGGUGCAGCUGAAAAAGGCCUCGGAGGUGGAUUUGGCCAAGCCGCUGUGCAAGUUCAUUCAGCAGAGCUACCCGGGCGGCGACGCCCAGGCCGAGCACUGCCGCGCCGCCGAGGAGCUCAGCAAGCUCCGCAAGAGCGCGCUCGGCCGCCCGCUCGACAAGCACGAGAGCGCGCUCGAGACCCUCCUCAGAUACUAUGAUCAGCUGUGUUCAAUUGAACCGAAGUUUCCAUUCUCUGAAAAUCAGGUCUGUGUAACAUUUACAUGGAAAGAUGCUUUUGAUAAAGGAUCACUUUUUGGAGGAUCUGCCAAAUUGGCUCUGGCAAGCUUGGGAUAUGAGAAGACCUGUGUUUUGUUCAACUGUGGAGCAUUGGCAAGCCAGAUUGCAGCAGAACAGAAUCUGGAUAAUGAUGAAGGCCUAAAAGCUGCAGCUAAGCACUAUCAGUUUGCGAGUGGUGCUUUCCAACACAUUAAAGACACGGUUUUGUCAGCCUUGAAUCGUGAACCCACAGUGGACAUCUCUCCAGACACAGCUGGAACUCUCAGUCUUAUUAUGUUGGCUCAAGCCCAGGAAGUCUUUUUUUUGAAAGCUACAAGAGAUAAAAUGAAAGAUGGUAUCAUAGCUAAACUAGCUAAUCAAGCUGCAGAUUACUAUGGUGAUGCUUACAAACAAUGUCAAUAUAAAGAUACUCUGCCCAAGUAUUUUUAUUUCCAGGAGGUGUUUCCUGUUCUGGCUGCAAAGCACUGCAUUAUGCAGGCCAAUGCAGAAUAUCAUCAAUCUAUCCUGGCAAAACAGCAGAAGAAAUUUGGUGAAGAAAUUGGGAGGUUACAGCAUGCGGCAGACUUGGUGAAAACAGUGGCAUCUCGUUAUGAUGAAUAUAUAAAUGUUAAAGAUCUGGUUGACAAAAUCAACCGUGCACUUACAGCUGCCAAAAAAGACAAUGACUUCAUUUACCAUGACCGGGUUCCUGACCUGAAAGACUUGGAGUCUAUUGGAAAAGCCAGUCUUGUGAAGUCUACUCCAGUUGUAGUUCCCCUCAGUCAGAAAUUCACUGACCUGUUUGAGAAGAUGGUUCCAUUGCAAGUUCAGCAGUCUGUGAGCAUUUACAACCAGAGAAAGGCAGAUCUAGUAAACAGGCACAUAGCCCAGAUGAGAGAAGCCACAAAUCUGGCGAAUGGUGUUUUGGCUUCUCUCAAUCUUCCUGCUGCUAUUGAAGAUGUGUCUGGUGAUACUGUUCCUCAGUCUAUUUUGAACAAGUCUAAGUCUGUGAUUGAACAGGGAGGAAUUCAGACUGUUGAUCAGCUGAUCAAAGAUCUGCCUGAACUGCUACAAAGGAACAAAGAAAUUUUAGAUGAAUCACUAAGAUUAUUAGACGAAGAAGAAACUACAGACAAUGACCUGCGAACAAAAUUCAAAGAACGCUGGCAGAGAACACCAUCCAAUGAACUCUAUAAGCCUCUAAGGGCAGAGGGAACCAAUUACCAUAAUAUUUUGAAUAAAGCUGUGCAAGCAGAUGGGCAAGUUAAAGAGCGCUACCAGUCUCACCGGGAUACGAUUGCACUUCUGUGUAAGCCAGAAUCAGAACUCAAUGCAGCCAUUCCUUCUGCCAACCCAGCAAAAACAUUACAAGGAAAUGAGGUUGUUAAUGUAUUAAAAACUUUGCUGGCCAAUCUGGAUGAAGUUAAGAAGGAUAGAGAACAACUGGAAAAUGACCUGAAAUCUGUAAAUUUUGACAUGACAAGCAAAUUCCUGACUGCACUUGCACAGGAUGGUGCUAUAAAUGAGGAGUCAAUCUCUUUGGCUGAGCUGGACAGAAUCUAUGGAAGUUACACACAGAAAGUGCAAGAGUCUCUAAAAAAGCAGGAAGAACUUCUCAAAAACAUUCAGAAUGCACAUCAGGAUUUUUCAAAGAUGAAACAAUCAAACAAUGAAUCUAACUUAAGGGAAGAAGUUUUGAAGAGCUUAGCGGUAGCAAAUGAUAACUUCGUGGAACUUGUAGCCAAUUUGAAAGAAGGCACAAAGUUUUACAAUGAGCUGACAGAAAUCCUGCUGAAAUUCCAAAACAAAUGCAGUGACAUUGUCUUUGCUCGCAAGACUGAAAGAGAUGAGCUACUCAAAGAUUUACAGCAAAGCAUUGCUAGGGAACCCAGUGCUCCCUCUAUUCCUCUGCCUGCAUAUCAGACCACAUCAGCUGGAGGAAGUAAGCCUGCUGCAUCGUCAACUCCUACUCCAGCACCCAGAACCAUGGUGGGGACUAAACCACAGCCACCAGCACGGCCGCCGCCACCAGUGAUUUCUGCAGCAAGCAGUUCCUCUUCUGCAUCAGCACCCUCUGGAACAGCUGCAGCUCCUGCUGCUGCUCCUGGUCCUACUCCUACUCCAGGAGCCAGUGCACCUGCAGCAGGUGCUGCACCUACACAGGCACAGGGACCUCCUUACCCAACUUAUCCAGGUUUCCCAGGGUAUUGCCCUAUGCCGAUGCCAAUGGGCUAUAAUUCAUACAUGUAUGGCCAGUAUAGUCUACCGUAUGCACCUGCACCUAUGUAUCAAAACCCUGGACAAGCACCAUAUCCGGCACCUCAACAACCUGGAUAUCCUUUUCCUCAACAGCCUUACUACUCUCAGCAAUAAUGUAUCUGCAAAGAAGCUAUGCUUGUUAAAAUUUGGGAGAAAUUGGCAAUAAGCAUACUAAAACUUUUAGCUUCAGUUAAUGUACCAUACUGAACUGUAUGCAGUCUAUAACUCCUGUUUAUUGUUAGCUGCUCAGAAAUGUCUAGAUGAGUUUUUUGAUUACACUAAACACUUUGAAAGAUCUGCUGCAGUGAUUUAGACUGUAGACUAAUGCCAGAAUUAGUCUAAUUCAGUGGUCUGAAACUGUACACUACAUGUUGGCUAGACCAAAAUAUUCUUUGCAAAAAUCCUUUAAGUAACAGAUAGGUUCAGAUGGGAAAAAUGAAGCAGUGCGUGCACUGGGUGUGAUAUAUUCUACGGAACCAUAUAGCAUUUCCUUCUAUACUGUAUUGGUUUGUAUUUUUUGAGUUUAGUUAAAAUACGCUAUUUUGUCUAAUAAUCAAGGCCUUGUAAAUCGUCAGUAAAAAAUAAAUUACUUAAGAAUGGUUUAAACACUUGGCAUUCUCCUUACCAUAAAAAUGUUUUGUGUGUCUGUAGAUUUUCAUUUGUCUCUUGACUUGCAUAACAUAAAGAUACCUUCUCAAGUGUUUAGCCUUACAAUUGAAUUUCCACCUCAACCAUUUAAAUGUUGGUAGAUUAGGUCUUGUAGGUAGAAUUUUCCUAUAACUUUGAAGUGUAUUGGACUAAAAUAUAUAUAUGUUACAGUUCUAAAAGAAUAGUUACAUCUCCAGAAUACUACUUAAAAGAAGGGAGAUCAGGGUCCCUCUUACAGGACCAGUGGCUGGUUGGUUUAACCCAUGUUUUCCAAAGAAAUGUUGAUCAGAAUUGUGUUACAGCCCAAAAUAAGGCAACUCUUGAUAGUCGGAACUCUUCAGAUUGUUUUUAAAUGAUGACUUUUUUCCUUGAAAAAAGAUCAAUGUAUUCCCUCAGGGAGCUUGUUAUCAGUGGAGAGUUUGGUUUUUUUUUUUGGGGGGGGGGAGGAAAUAUUAUCUUGUAAAUUAAAGGACAUUGAAUGUUGAUUUUUGGAUCCAUCUUCUCAAGGGUUUAGUAACCGUACACUGCAUUUUGCAGUAGAUAAAGAAGUAUAUAAGUUUGUAGUUAAUGGCUUUUACCAAAUAUUUGCUAACCAUAUUUCAGUCUUUUUUUCUUCCCUCCCCCCGCCACCCCCACACUUGUCUAGGCAGAGACUGUCCAUUCCUUUAGCCCUCAACAUGAGUUACUUGUUUCUGUGGGACCAUUAAGUUUCCUGAGUACUUCAUACAAAAUGUUCUGGCCUUACAGAAAAGUUGUCACAAUAGCUAUGUUUAAUGUUACUGCUUUGUUUUUCUAUUUAAGUGCCUGAUUAAAAUAUCGAGGUAUAUUUUAAUGUAGGGGUUUAGAGGGUGCCAGCUAUAGCAUCUGGGUGGAAACCUCACUGGAACUUGAAAUACUUUUCUUCGUAAAGAAAGCAGCAUGCGUAUCCAUAUGAGCUCCUUCCUUUAUCUCUCAAGUUGUUCUUGCUAUGUGAUCACUCUGUUUAUUUUGUGAAGACUACUUGUCUUUAGUACUCCCUGACCCCAUGGAAAAUGCGAAUCACAAGGUAAAAAUAAGCAUCCCUCGUAGAACAUGAGUAUCUUAAUUCUAAAGAAAUGUAUUAACCCUGUAGAAGCUUGGUGAUGUGGGGGAGCAGGAUGAAGUAAGGGAAUACAGCACUGUAGAUAAAACUGUGCCCAAGGACAGGUGCUUUGCAUUUCUGUAUAAACAUUGCUGAAUGGGGUGGCACAGGAACCUCUCCAAUUUUUUUCCCUGGAUGAGAAUACAUGAAGCAAGUGAGGACAAUGAGAAAAAGCUAGGAAGGUGACUGGAACCAACAGUCAGAACCUGCUUUUACUCCUAACUGCAAAACCAGUAGUUUUGACUGUGUCAAUGUGAGCAAGUGCAAGCCUAAUACAACCUUUUAGGUUCUAAAUUUCUAGUACGAUAAUGGCCUGUUUUCAGUUUGCACAUUAGACACAUUUGAGCUAUAAUUUGAGUGUAAGUUUGUUUCUAGUGCCUCAAUUUAUAAAACUUUAAUGCUGUAUAAAAAAAUGUAACUUGGCUCAGCAUAAAGAUUCCUAGAACUGAAAUUUCUUAUGGAGUCACUGUUAGAACAUUUUUUCCAGUUGUGUUACUGCUUGCUUUAGUCUGCUGUUAUUUGAUUAUGUAUAGAAUUCUAUGCAUUAUGUUCAGCUUUCACCAAUUUUUUUCUCUUCCCCUCCCUGCCCCCCCCACCCCCCCUCUUGUUUUUAAAGAGAACAGAAAAAUCCAGAGACAUGUAUGUGUCUGCUUCUAAGCAUGCAGCUGUUAUGACUUUGGUUGAAAUGUUAUCUUGUUCUUCUAUAGUUUAUUAAAAAAAAAUCAGUUAGAAAACCUGA